UUGUGUAUCCGUCACACCCCCACUUAAUCCCAUUAAUUUCAAUUCCAUUGAAAUGUUGUCAGCACUCAGAUUUGUCUACAUAGUUAAUUCCUCUUCUUUCCCCUUUUGAAAACCAUCAGUUUUUAAGUCCAUUAUGCCAUAUUUUGGAUACAAUCCAGAUACACGUGCCCUGAAGGUAAAAAGUGAGCUGGUUUGCUUUCUUCCUGCUUCAUCCGUAUCUUAGUUCAGGUUAGUUUGGUUUAUGUUUUGGUGUUCCAUUAGGAGCUCUACAAAUCAAUACUCUUCAGUGGUGAUCAACAGAGAUUAAACGGUACAUUAGGCGUGAUACAUAUUCAUGCUGGUCUGCUUCAACUAUUAACUGUGUGCACUUGAGUAACAUGCUAAAAGACGAUGUGUGUGUUUGCAGCUUGGGUGCACGGCGACCCCAGGAAAGUGAUUUAUCCAACUGACAGCUACGGGCAGUUCUGCGGUCAGAAAGACACCCCCAAUGAGAACAAGACCAUUUUGUUUUACUUCAACAUUCUGAAAUGUGCCAGCCCCGUGGUGUUAAUAAACCUACAGUGCCCUACAACACAGUGUGUCUUCUUUUCUUGCAGCUUUGUGUCUCAAAGUGCCCAGACAGGUUUGUGACCUACAUUGAUGUUCAGGCUUCCUACAGAUACAAACCCGAUCAGUGGAAUUACUUCAAGCAGUUCUGCAGACCUGGUUUUAACAGUCCUCGCAAGUCUGUUGCUCAAGUCCUACGUGAUGAAGAUUGUCCUUCGAUGAUCAUUCCAAGCAGGCCUUUUCUGAAGAGGUGCUUCCCUGACUUCUCCACGAAGAAUGGUGUGUUAACCGUGGCAAAUCAAACUACAUUCAAAGAUGGAAGAGGGAAAACAAGAAAUGUAACCGAUCUCAGGGAAGCUGCAAACGGCAUCAAUAAUGUCCUGGAUGCAAGAUCAAUUGGAGUGAAAAUUUUUGAAGACUAUGCUAUUUCUUGGUACUGGAUUUUAAUUGGGCUGUUCAUUGCAAUGAUUGUGAGUCUGCUCUUCCUUGUGUUAUUGAGGUUCACAGCUGGGGUUCUCUUCUGGAUUUUCAUCUUUGGUGUGAUUGGAAUUAUAGGUUAUGGCAUCUGGCAUUGUUACUGGGAGUAUGACCACCUUAAAGGAAUACCUGGAUCUGACCUCACUGUGUAUGACAUUGGAUUCCAGACAGACUUCAGAGUGUACCUGCAGCUGAGGCAAACAUGGUUAGCGUUUAUGAUAAUACUUUGUGGUGUUGAGGUCAUAGUCAUACUGAUGCUGAUCUUCCUAAGGAAUCGGAUCCGGAUCGCCAUUGCACUCCUGAAGGAAGGCAGUAGGGCUAUUGGCUACAUAAUGUCUACGUUGUUCUAUCCAAUCGUCACCUUCACACUCAUUGCAAUUUGUAUUUCCUACUGGGCUGUGACAGCUGUUUUUCUGGCUACAUCAGGAGAACCUGUGUAUAAAGUAAUGGCUAAUCAAACACUGUGCAAGUAUGCAAACCUGACUUGUGACCCAGAGACUUUUAACACAACCAAUGUCACUAAACUGUGUCCAGGUGCUCAGUGUACUUUUGCUUUUUAUGGAGGAGAAAGCCUGUACCAUAAGUACAUCUUCAUCUUCCAGUUAGCCAAUGCCUUUGUCUUUCUCUGGCUGGUGAACUUUGCAAUUGCAUUGGGUCAGUGUACCCUUGCUGGUGCCUUUGCCUCCUAUUACUGGGCCUCUCGAAAACCAGCUGAUAUUCCACUAUGGCCACUCUUCUCUUCAUUCGGACGAGCAAUACGAUACCAUACAGGUUCGCUGGCAUUUGGAGCCUUAAUUCUUGCAAUUGUCCAGCUUAUUCGAGUAAUACUGGAGUACUUGGAUCACAAACUGAAAGGUACACAGAACUCCUUCACUAGAUUCCUACUCUGCUGCCUCAAAUGCUGUUUCUGGUGUUUGGAAAAAUUCUUAAAAUUUAUAAACAGAAAUGCCUACAUCAUGAUUGCCAUCUACGGUAAAAACUUCUGCACCUCGGCGAAGGAAGCGUUCUUUCUGCUCAUGCGGAAUGUGGUGAGAGUUGCAGUUCUGGACAAAGUUACAGACUUCCUUUUAUUCCUGGGGAAAAUCCUCGUUGCUGGUGGUGUAGGUGUUCUUGCGUUCUUUUUCUUCACUCAGAAGAUACCAGUCAUUGCACAGGAAGCACCAGCGUUAAAUUACUACUGGGUACCAUUGUUGACAGUCAUUAUUGGCUCCUACCUAGUUGCACACGGGUUCUUCAGCGUCUAUGCAAUGUGUGUUGACACGCUUUUCCUCUGCUUUUGUGAAGACCUGGAAAGAAAUGAUGGAUCUACAGCAAAGCCCUACUUCAUGUCAGCUAGCCUUCACCGAAUUCUAGGGAAGAAGGAGCUAAGCCCUAAGAAGGCAGCGGGAUAACAUACACUAAACUGCAACAUCAAAACAGUGUCACUUUUAAGCAAAACUUGUAUAAAGUAGGCAAAAGUAAAAACUGUAAAUGAUGCUUCUGGUUAAUGGGUGAUUCUUUUUUCCUUUUGCUUAUAUCUAAAAAAAAUGAGCAACAUUGGUAACAUUUAACUAGUUUAAGUGCUUAAACUAACAUCUGUGAAAACAGGCCGCGUUUUAGUUUAUAGAGUGCCUAUGAGAAGGAAAAUGUAAAUUUCAAGCUUUUUUAAGUCUAUAAUGAUGUUUUAAUAACUUUUGUAACACAAGUUGCUGCCUUAGAUGACAGCAGUUUUGAUAAUGUUUCUUUUUGUAAGUGUAUAUUUGUAAGAGAAAUUCAGGCAAUUUUUUGAAAGCACUAACAUAACCUAAUCAGCCAUAAAAGAUUGUUUGAGACUCUCUAGUUACCCAGGAGAUGGUACUAAAUUUGUAAAUAUGGUGCUAUGAUUGUAUUUUUUUGUACAAGCUGGUUCACAGCUAUUUAAACUGUGAUUAUACAUGCAUUAAUGAUUCCCUACACUGAAAAAUGUAGUGAUAUUUUAAUCACAUCCACAUCUGCGUCUUUUAUGAAAUGAUGGUACCCUGCAGGUCCCAAAGAAGGUGGUCAGAGGAGACUAUACCUGGUCCUGCUUAAAGUGAGGUUUUCUGUGAGUUGUGCUUGAAAGACGAUUUAAUCAAGAGAAGGUCCCACUGCACUCGAUUUGUGGUUUCACAAAAGAAGUUUCAUCUGGUACAAGAUGGUGAAUGUAUCGUUUUUAGCUGAUGCGUGAGAGAGAUGCACUUAAUAUCCCCCUAUCUCUGAUUGUUCUGUGUUAUGAGGAGCUGAGUUGCACUGAAAGGAAAACCAAAUGCAGUCUUUUUUAACUUGGAGGAAAGCCUUGGCUGCAGUUGUGAAAGGAAUUCUGUUGCCAUUGCCUAGCUCAGAAGGGCUCCUUAAUAAGACAUUGCAGUGACCGUGCGUGUCCUGAGGGCCAGGCCUGCUCCUUCAGCAGGUCUCCGGGCUCUCAGGUGCUCACACAGAAAUGUGUUAAAACAUUGAACUCAAUUAUUCUCAUGAUGCAGCAUGAAUUACUUAGAUACUGAAACGUGCUCUAAAAGAUUUAGUUUGCUUUUUGAUUAUUAAAUUUGCCCGGUCAUUAGAACAAUAUCCAGUGGUAGAAAGCACAUUAAUAUUCUGUUCCAUUUAAUGACCCUCCCAUUAGUAGAAGUGUCACUGAGGUUAGUAGCAGCUCUGCUCAUGGAAGAAGUCUUACACUGGAGUGCUUCUCAAGUCCUUUAUUGCCAUGAGCUGAGCUGAAAAGGUUUUCAUUUAUUGGUCUCAUGGGUGCCCAAGGACCCAGCCACACUGAUCCUGACCCUAGUUUUCAUGGAUUCCACCACAGUGGGUAAGAUAUUCCAUUACUGUCUGCUUGCAGCAGUGGCAUGUGCCAUGCCUCUGCCAGACCUCUUACAGAAGUUCAACACUUGACAUACUUUCCUAGCCCCAGGAGUCAGUUGGUCUCACAAAGGGAAAGGCAAAUUCUUUUCCAGAUGAUUUGAAUGCAAAUUUCUGGGGAAAAUUUCCUGACAAUCCACAUCCCAAAGUGAUUUUGCUCUCUAACAACUCAUGGCUCCAGUUCAUGAUAACUGUAAGCACUAGAAGCAGAAAUACUGCUGAUGUGGCCGGUGUGGGGUCCUGCUGAUGCAUGGUGAGUACCACCCCUGUGCUGCUGGCACGUGCACAGCAGGGUCUCAAAACCUGGUGAGCUGAUGCACAAGCACAGGGUACUCACAUGCAUUCCCUGUGAUUGGGUUGGCACUGCAGCACUUUCCCUGGAGCAGAAAUGAGGGGUCUGGUUUAGGACUCAAGUAAUGUAAAGGUGUACAGUUUCAAAUGGAACUGCUGGUUGUGGGCACCUUCAGAUUUUGAGAACCCCUCUUAGCCUAGAGUAAACCUGACUUUUGGAAAGGGCUGAGGAACCUGCCUUCAGAAAAACACAGGCUUCCAACUACGAAGUUUUGCAUCAUCAUCAUUCCCUUCUCCUUAUGUGCAUGGUGUUGAAUAUCCAACCCCCCCCCCCCCAUUCUAAUCUCUUCUGAGAAUGCAGUCAGUAGCUUUCUGGGGUCUGUGUCACCAUUCUGUGAUCGAAGGAGCGGCUGGUGUGAUCACAGCCUGUCUGCUCAACCUUUCUUUUGAAUUUUAUUUUUUCCAUAGUGCUGAGUGGUUAGUUUGCAUUAAGGAAUCUAUAUUUCUAUUGGACCUGAGUGUCUUACUGGGAGCUCAGCUGAAAAAGCGUGUUUCUGAACACAGUGUGGUUUUUUAUCAUAUGAAUGUAACCAUAGGGUUUAUUAGGAAUAAACCAUAAUAGACAUAGUAGACAGUCAUUUGACUAGAAGACUUUUGUAACAAGCCUAUGCAUUUACUAAAAGAAUUUCUAAAAGUGAAAGUUUUAAAUUGUAUUAUUAUUUAUAUACAGUAAAUAUAUAUGUAUAAAUUUGCUUCACUCACUAUUUUGUGAAAUCAUUUAGAAUGUGAUCAUCAUUUCUGAGAAAACUUAAAAGCCAUUUUCUUAAUGAUAUAAUUAUGAGAACUGUGACAAUAUAAAGCAAUACCACGUAGAUUUUGUAAUCACUAGAUUCAGUAAAUAAAUCAGAAUGAUUUAAUACUAA